ACGGUUGGUGUUCAGCAUAGCGGAAUUGUUUUUUUUUUGGUGUGUUGCUCUUCUACCAAAAACUCUCAAGAUAUAAAAACUGCUUAAGAAGUGGAUGUAUCUGUGCAAAUGUGCGUAGGAUGAAAGUAACAAUUAAAAAUUGGACCAGUGUAGCGAUAUGGAAAUGGGUGGCAAACGACGAUAACUGCGGGAUUUGCCGUAUGCCCUUUGAUGGAUGCUGCCCCGAUUGCAAGUUGCCAGGCGAUGAUUGCCCAUUAGUUUGGGGUCAAUGUUCACAUUGUUUCCACAUGCAUUGCAUCGUUAAGUGGUUGCAAUCUCAGCAAGUCAACCAGCAGUGUCCAAUGUGCCGGCAAGAGUGGAAAUUCAACAACAAAUAGACGGACGACGAAGCACACGAUUAAGACGAAGCAAAGCAAGAAUAUAUUCACAGCCAAUAAGAUACUUUAGGGAGUCAAAAAGGACAAUUCGAAUCCAAAAGUGGAUAAUAUCUCGCACAUUCGUUGAUAAUUCCAAUGAUGGGGGCUUUUUUUCAUUUAAAAUAU